UCCACCCCCUCCUCCUUCUCCUCCCCUCCAUUUCUCUCCCUCUCCCUGUGCCGUUUCCCAUUCUUGAAGAUUUGCUUGUGAAACGGGAGAAAUAAAUAGCCUGAUACUGUAAAGAAGAAAAAAAACGGACGGCGACAGAGUGCAACAAUCCAGUAUAUUUCUCCCUCCCCGCCCCCCACUAUCUCUCCAUUUUCAUCGUUCAUUUUUUUAAUGGAUAGAAAUUAUCCUGGUACAGGAUUUGGUGAUUUGGGCGCAGGAACGGGAUGGAGUUACGAGAGGUCGGCGAAGGCAAGUCUGGUAUAUGGGAGCUCCAGAUCAUCCCACCCAGACUCCGAGCUUCUCCAUCGCCAAGCCUAUGCCACGCCCCAUCCUCUGCAAGGAUAUGCAACCAAUCACCACCCAGCCAGUUCCGGUCAGGGCGGAGCCUGGGGUGCCGCUGGGCGGAGUUUGGGUCUCUCUGGGCUGUUUGACACUGGGCUGCACCAUGCCAGCCCUUCUGCUCCAGAUGCUUCAGUCAUGAACCUAAUUUCAGCUCUGGAGUCCAGGGGCCCUCAGCCUCCUCCAUCAGCUUCCUCCCUCCUCUCACAGUUCCGUACCCCGUCUUGGCAGACAGCCAUGCACACCCCAGCACCGGCUGAACUUUUCAUAUCUGGUGCCCUGCCUGGGUCGGGCACCUUCCCUUCCUCCUCUGCCCUGUCAGCCUAUCAGCACCCUGCCUCGUUUUCAGGGCGUUCUUUCCCUGGGGUCACUCCAUCACUCUCUCUUCAGGACACACCCACGUUUAGCCCCACUUCUAAUGGCCUCCUGUCCCCCCACGACCCCUUGCUGCACAUCAAAACCCCUUCCCAGUCCAGCUUGGGCUUUGACCGCCUGCUCUCCUCGCAAGGUGCAGCCUACAGGGGUGGACAAGACCCCACAGGCCCGCCCCCGCCUCAAGCCCCAACUACCUCCUCCACCCGCCACCUGCCCCCUCACCAGUUCAACCUCCUCUCCUCCCAGCUCCAGGACCAGUCCUCCCAGUUAUACAAUGCCUCUGUGUUCUCAUCGGCUCCCGCUCCACCUCAGCCGCCCCCUCAGGAGCGGGCCAUCCCCAGGCAGGACAGUGUGAUUAAGCACUACCAGCGCCCCUCCCCCUCUCAGUCCCAGCUGUCCUCUUCAGCGGCCCACUCCCUGCAGCACUACCUCAGCUGCGGGGCGUCGGGAUAUCAGCAGAUCACCCACCACAGGCACACUGGAGUCUCAUGUAGCCCCCUGGGUGACCAGAGCCCUUCUUCUGACCCCAAACCUUCCCCCAGAGCGGAUCAGGUGUACCGGCCUAUCAUCCAGCCCCCCUACACCUCCUCCACCUCGUCGUCCUCCUCCGGGGGAGCAGGCAAAGGGACAAAGAGCAGCUCCAGCAGCGGCUACUCCUCCUCCAGUUCCGGGUCCUCCUCCCGCACGCCGCACACUCCGCCGUCUGCAUCCUCCACGUCGUCCUCAUCCUCGUCCUCGUCCUCUGCUUCAGGGGCCCAUCCCUCCAACUCAAACCCCACUUCGAGCUCCACCUCUGCCCCCUCCAGACAGCAACCUCCGCCCCAGUCUGCUCCACCUCCGCCGCCACCACCGCCCCCUCCCACAUCCUCCUCAUCCGCCCAGCAGCCCCCUCCCAAGCCCUGCCUCUCCGGCUACGGGUCUCCUGUCACCCCAGUCAAGCCCUCCCCUGCCCUUUCAGGCCAGACCCCCCCUCAGCAGCAGCCCCAGUCCUACUCCCCCAGCCAGCCCCCUCCCUCACACCUCUCCCAGCCGUACGGGGGCUUCAACUCCCCCCAGGCACAGGAUUUGAGUGCGGGAGGAGGUGCUGGUGCGGGGAAAGGUUACGGGAGUUUGGGGGCAGGCGGGCAGUCGUUCUCGGCGGAGGUGGUUUACGGGGCAGAUUCUGGCUAUGGGUCGCUGCCGGCUUCUUUAGGGGGAGCCGGGAGCCCUUCUUUGGGUUACGGCGGCCCAGGACACUCUCCUGCACUUUUAGGGUCAGGAGGGGGUGGAGGUUCAGCAGGGGGCAGUACAGGGUCUGGAGGGGGCAGUAGUGGUGGCGGAGGGGGUAGUGGAGGGUCGGGAGGAGGUGCUAGCAGCGUGGGGAGUGGCGGAGGAGGAAGCUCUUACCACCUCCCUGACUCCAGCCCCUCCCCCUCUGGCUCUGGCAUCAUUCGCCCAGGGCUGCAUUCUCCUGCACCUGCCCGGCCUGCCCAGUCCCCCGGAGGGCCAGGGGGCAACAAGUACCUCUCCUCUGUUCUCUCCCCCGCUUUCCUGUCCUCCCCGCAGGGCUAUCCCGACACACGAGGGCCACCCCAGUCAUACCACCCCACCCCUCCCAAAGCCAAAACCAGCUCUGACAUGCUCGGGGUGGAGAGGUCCCAAGAUGAGGAGGAUGACGAUGAUGACGACUUUCUGAUCCAGCAUCUUCUUCAGGCCCAAAGCCCGGCACCCCACCCUUCUCAGCACCACCCCCAGCAGCCUCCCCAGCCUCCCCAGCAGCCCCAGCCCCAGCCUCAGCCUCAGCAGGUGCCGCAGACCCAGGACGGAGGCAAGGGUUUGGCCUACGAGCUGAGCAAGAGCUCUGAGGAGAGGUACCACCUCCAAAGCGUUAUCCGCACCAACAACGCCACCUCCAGCGCCGGGGUGGUCACAGGUGGGGCGGGAGGGGCUGGAGGAGGGGCGGGAGGAGGUCUGGACAGCCAGCUGGAGAUGUCCAUGAAGAAGCAGCAGCAGCAGCAGCAGCAGCAACAGAAGAACGAGAGAGCCGCAACGGGGGGAGGUGGCGGGGGAAGAGGCGGCGCGGAGCAGGUGCACUCCCACCCGCACCCCCACCCCCACCAGCAUCACCACGACACCCUUGGCUCGGUGGUGCACUACAGUCGGGGGGACCCGUACUCUCAGCACCCCCUCCCUCAGCACCCCUCUCACCCCCAGCAUCCCCACCCCCACUCCCAUCCACACCUAGAGCUCCAAAAAAAGCCCCAGGAUCCGACUGAUCUGCCCUACCUACGCAAGACCCCCGACCUGCAGCAGCAGCAGCAGCAGUCCCAGGCCGCCCUCUCCCUCCUCGAUUCUCCCACUGACCAGCCCCGCCAGCCCCCGCCGGCUCACCUUCUGCAGUCAGUGCUGUCCCACACCACCCGCAAUAAGAUGGACUCUCAAGCUCAACAGCAGCAUUCGAUGAGCCAGCAGGCCAUGAUGGGGGGAGCCGGAGGGGGUGUGGGAGGGCCACCAGGGGAACCCCAGUCACAGUCCUCUCAGCUGCAGCUCCAACUCCAGUCCCAGGCUUUGGAGGCCCACUAUGGUAGGGGAGCCCAGCAAGAUCAGAGCCAAUCCAACCAAAACUCGGUGUCUCCGUUGGACAUGCUGGAGCACUCCCUCUCCCAGAACUCCCGUGGAGAAGCAGGGGGAGCCGGGGAGAGGGGGGGAGGUGCGGGGGCUGCUGGAGGGAGCGGCGACCGUCACGGCCAGCAGCAGCAGCACAGGCUUCCGCCCCAUCAUCAGUCUCACCACCCGCCGCACGCCACCUCUGAGCUGCACGAUUUCCUCUCGGAGCCGGAUCUGGGUUUGUCGACGCCCUCUCACAUGCACCACAUCACCCCCCACCACCCGCACCCGCACCCCCACUCCCAUCAUCAGCACUCCCAUUCUCACCACCCCCACUCCCACCCGCAUCCUCACCCCCACUCCCAUCACAUGCCGCCUCCCCCCAACUCUGGCCCCCCUCAGCAGCCGCAGCAGCAGCAGAGGGAGCCGGACCCUCACCCUUCUCAGCUUUCCCAGUCCCAGUUAAAUCAGCUCAAGGAGCACCAGUUCGACACCGGGAGCCCUGUGGGGAAAGCCGGUCAAGGCCAGCAGCAGAGAUUCGUACCCCUGACGUCCAUCUGUUUCCCGGACUCCCUCCUGCAAGAUGAAGACCGCUCCUUCUUCCCGGGCAUGGAGGACAUGUUCUGCUCGGAAGAAUACAAGUCCAGCUGUAGCGGAGGUGGAGGGGCGGGACAGACGGGACAGGACGGGGUUUCGGAGGGACGAAGGGGGCAGGAGGCAAUGGAGGGGGUGAAGACAGCUGGAGGAGGUGGUGAAGGCAGUUACGACAUGCUGGGGCACCACAGCGACCAGGGGUAUGGGCAGUACUGCCACAGCCUCUCUGAGUCUGGCAAUGGCUCCAUGCAUCUGGACUUGGAUUCUCUGAAAGCGCACGAGCUUCCCUCCACAGUCAACACAGAGCAGCUGGGCCUGAUCCAGUCCCAGAGCUCCAGCAUGGGGAUGGGAGGCGCCGGAGCCAACGACGGCUCCGGGAACAAGAUGCUGGGAGGAACGGGGGUUGGAGGAGGUCCCACAUCAAGUGGCCUCACCUCUCCCAUUUUCUGCUCCUCUCGACCCAAGAAGCUUCUAAAGACCAGCUCCUUUCACCUGCUCAAACAGAGACGAGACCCCAACUCCCUGCCCAAAAAGAGUUACGCACAGGAGUACGAGUUUGAGGAUGAUGAAGACAAAGCGGAUGUGCCAGCUGACAUCCGCCUGAACAGCAGAAGGCUCCCAGAUCUGCUCCCAGACCUGGUGUCCAGCUGCAGGAAGUCAGGCGCGGGUGUGGGGGCUGGGGGAACUCUGAGCCCCCUAAUGAGUGACCUGGACUUCUGCCACCCUUCUGGGUACCCUACCCUCGGCCCCCCUCCACAGUUACUGCCCCAGGAUGGGCCCAAGAAAAGGGGCAGGAAACCCACCAAGCCAAAACGAGAGGGUCCCCCAAGGCCCAGGGGUAGACCCCGAAUUCGCCCCUUACCAGAGCCCCACCACUCAAGGGGCAUGAUGGGAGCUUAUGGGGCAGGACUUGGAGGAGAAACCCGGAGGGGCAGGGGACGGGGCAGAGGCCGUGGCAGGAGGGAGGAUACGAUGAUGGAUAUGGCAAAUAAAAGCCAGGCCCAGCAUCAUCAACUACAACACAUGCCGCAACAGCAACAACCACAGAUACAGCAGCAGCAGCAACUGCAUCACCAACCUCAACAGCAUCAGGAGCCCAUAAGACCUAUCAAGAUCAAACUGCCCAUUCCCUCCAUGCCUUCUUCUGAUGCCCUCUUGAGGACAGACUCCUUGUCUGGUACUGACCCAGUUCUGUCAGACGGCUCGGUAGGAUCAGCUCCUUCUCUGGGUCUGAGCCCUGGACCCACAAGUGGGCUGGACAUGAACCGAAACCAAGAAAAGGUCAAACAGAAGACCCAGGAGGUGGAGGAGAAAGAGCCAGAGAUGAAAUCUGGUUUCAUGGCCUCAUUCCUGGACUUCCUUAAGUCGGGGAAAAGACCGGCAGGGCCGGGGGUGCCAGCGGGGGCUGCAGGGGGGCCAGGGAGUGGAAGCACUUCCCCUGGCAAAUCCGGCAUCCGUCCUUUGUCCCCACCUCCCCCACCGCCUCCCCCGCCUCCCCCUCCACCGUUUGGGGAGGGUGAAGGGGAUGGAGGGCUAGCCCUCAGCAACUGCCCCAGUCCUUGCAAGAGACUCGACGAAGAGCUGAAACGCAACCUGGAGACCCUGCCUUCUUUCUCCUCGGAUGAAGAGGACUCCGUCAGCAAGAACCAGGACCUGCAGAAGAGCAUCUCGUCUGCCAUCUCUGCCCUGUAUGACACGCCCCAGCCGCCGCUCCCAAUCCCGCCUCCGCCACACCAGUCCCUGCCCCCUCAGCAGCCCCCUCCUCUCAGUCCUCAGCCUGCUCCACAUGUGCACCCACAGUCCCCCGAGCCUGCCGAGCUUGAGAUGCAGGAAGAACAGGAGGAGGAGGAGGAGGAGGAGGAGGAAGAGAGGAGAGAAGAGGAGGAAGAGGAGGAGGUCAAUGAGGAAGAGAGAGAACCAGAGCUGGAGAUGCUUGGUGCGCCAAAGGUUGAAGACUCCCCAGAUGAGCCUCCUCCUGCUCCAGCUCCCCCCUCUCCUCCAUCCCCUUCCCCAUCUCCACCUCCCUCUUCCUCUCCAUCCCCUCCCCCUCUGCCUCCCCUCUCUCUCCCCUCCCCCCUCCCCUCUCAAGAGGAACAGCCCCACCAGCAGCAGUCUCCGUCUCCUAGCCCUCUUCCUCCUUCCCUCCCAUCCCCAUCUCCUCCUCCCCCAGCUCUUCCCCCAUCCUCCACUCCUCCCCCACCCUCGUCUCCUCCCCCCGCCCCCGAGGUUCCCCAGCCCUCCCCGCCAUCCCCACCCACCCCAGAAGAUGCACCAGCGCCCCAGAUAACCCCUCUGCACCUGGCCAAGAAGCAGACCAACGCAGCCAUCGCUGGAGAGAGCGAAGAGGAGGACAGCGAGAGUGGUGGAGAGGGCAUAUUCCGGGAGAGGGACGAGUUUGUGGUGCGAACAGAAGACAUCGGUACUUUGAAGCUGGCGCUACAGACAGGCCGCGAGCCGCCCCCAAUCUGGAGGGUGCAAAAGGCGCUGCUGCAGAAGUUCACUCCCGAGAUAAAGGACGGACAGAGGCAGUUCUGUGCCACAAGCAACUAUCUGGGUUACUUUGGGGAUGCUAAGACACGGUACCAGCGUCUGUACGUCAAGUUCCUGGAGAACGUCAAUAAAAAGGACUACGUGAGGGUGUGCUCACGAAAACCCUGGCACAGACCUGCACUAACGUUGAGGCGCCAGUCUCUCCCCAAACCAGUGGCCCCUCCUCGCAGCCAGACCCCACCCCGGGUGGAGAGGGAGGAGAAGGAGCGAGAGAGACAGAGGGAGCGAGAGCAGCGGGAACAGAGAGAGAGGGAGAGAGAAAAGGAGCAGCGGAACAAAGAGCAGCGAGAGAGAGAGAAGGAGAAGGAGAGAGAAAAGGAGAGGGAGAGGAAGCCUCAGCCUCCUCAGGAGAAGGUGGAGAAGAGAGCGGUAGAGAAAGGAAAGGGGAGGGAGGAGAGGAGAGGAGGAGGGGAGAGGAAGGCGGAGCGUCCUCCCAAAACGAGGCCAGUGAAGGUGAAGGCAGAGCCCCCGCCCAAGAAGAGGAAGAAGUGGCUGAAGGAGGUUCCCUCCUCGUCAGAGUCUGAGUCUUCACCUGACCCGCCCAGCGAGGACGAGAUGCCGGUGCGUGGAGGGGUGAAUAGCAGGGCCAUGAGGGAGAUGUUCCGCAGCUAUGUGGAGAUGCUGGUCAGCACCGCGCUGGAUCCCGACAUGAUCCAGGCCCUGGAGGAUACCCAUGAUGAGCUGUACCUCCCUCCAAUGAGGAAGAUUGACAGCAUCCUCAAUGAGCAGAAGAGGAGACUGCUGAGGAGAGUCAGUAUGAGUUCCCAACACCAGGAGGCCCUUCACGCCUUUCCCCAGAUGACUGCAGAUCCCCUGGACUCAGGGGCAGUGAAGGUGCAUCUUGGAGGGGAGGGAUACAAUCGCAAAACCCUAAACAGGGUGAAGAGGAGUCUGCCCAAACAACAGGAUUUUAAGCUGUCAACAGAAACAUGUCGUCUCUACAGUCUUUACCACUCCCUCCAUCAUUAUAAAUAUCACACCUUCCUGCACUGCAAGAGAGAGACGGACAGUAUUGAGCAGGCAGCAGAGGACCCUGGUCAGGAGGAGGUGGUGCAACAGUGUAUGGCCAACCAGGGCUGGCUGGAGACACUCUUCAAAUCCUUCAUUGAACUGCUCACACUCAGUGCAAAGGCCUGAGAGAGCCAGAGGAGAGAGUGUCAGGAGGAGAUUAUGGACUCGGUACAGAGAAUUGGGAGAGUGAGGGAAAAAAUGAAAAUGUGUAUAGCUCCCAGGGUCCAGGAUGAGCAACUCCAUUCCUCUGGGGCCAGUGGGAAUGGUAUCAAUACAAAGCUAGUUUUCAGGCAGCCACAGCUAAGGGGCAU